AGCCAAUUGAGAAGAAGAAAGAUGGAAGUUUUCUUCAUUUUUGUAUCUUUGUUGCUUAUUUUUGCAAACGGCAACCAAUAUCAAAGUUCAAAGUAUUCCGCUGUAAGAAACCGAGGUUCUUAUGACCUUAAUGCAAUCGAAUCAAUUCUCCAGACAGACCAAAAAGCUGUCAACGAUGUGAUCGAAAAAAGUAUUCAGCAAGUCGAAACACUUGUCAAAACACUCGAAGAUAACGAUAUAAGAGAAGCUGACGAUGUGAAAAAGUUGCUUGAAUUUUUAGUUGACACGUCAGCUCCUGAAGCUGCAUUAGUUCGUCAUAAGCGGCAAAUUCAACCAAUAAUGCCAUUGGAUGCAACUGUGGAUACAACAACUCCAACAUUUUGCACUGAAGUUCAGAACUCAUACCAAAAGGCAAACAAUCUAUCAUCAACAGCUCGUAAUGUGAUGAGUUCAUCAGCAUCAAGUAUCAGUGCAGCAACUGAUUCAAUGAAUACUUUUCUGACACUUUCAGCUAAUGCUGAUCCUUUUAUGAAAGAAAUUUACUUGAAUUUGGCAAAAACGAUGAAAACCUUGAUUACAAUUCAAACAAAGACGAUGAAUGACGUGCAAAAUGCUCUUUUUGAGUUGACUUAUGCUGGUGCAACUUACCAGGAACAAAUGGCUACAAAGAAUUGUGCAAAUUCGACUGAUCCACCGGUUGUUAAGUAUACGACUCCCGAAGCAGCAACAACUAAUUCCACAACAACAGUUACUACAACUACAACUGUUUCGCAGUCUAAUCAGAAUGCUGAAUCUGUCCAAUGCCCCAAAUGUUUCAUGGGUACAAUCCAAUGUCCAGUAAUCAUCGCUUUGGGAGGACCAUCAAGUGGAACUUGUCCAGCUGGACGGACUAUGAUUAAAUGCUCUUUUUCUGAAAUCAGCAGAUGCUGUUGCAAAUAAAUUUUAUGAACAUUUCCU